CAUUUUAGUUGAUAAAAAACUACGAUCUUUCUUUGAUCAAAGAUUGGAUCUGUCUUGCUAUUACUGGGUUCAAGAAGUGUUAAGACCAUGGAUUUUAAGACCUUGAAAUUGAUGAUCUUUCAUGGGUCUUUGGCGCGGCGUGUGCUUUUGCGCGCUUUCAUGCUUGCUGCUGCUUUGUCAAUUGUUCCUUUGCUGCAAAUGAUAUCUGGGACCGAUCCAGAAAUGUUGCAUACCCUUUCUACCUCAGCAGACUGUGCCCUUAGAUCUGGUUUUUCAGGUCCAUUUAUAUUUCCAGGCACUUUUUUGUUCUCGAAAAUUUGGGGUUCAUUUGGGCCGGUUCAAUGUAAAGAAGAUGGGAACUUGACAGCCAGUGUGGUUAGAGAGCUAAUGGGAAAGCAAAUGUUGAGUUAUAAUGCAAAAGCUCUCUGUGUCGGUGAAGGUUCAGUGUCAGCUGUUGUGGCAUUGAGAGACUCGGGAUUCUCCGAUGUAACUGGGGUUUACAGGCACCCCUUUUUCUCUCUUAAGCAAAAGAAGUUUGUUUAUGAGCUUGAUUACGAGGACAAUUCUUACGAUUUUGUGUUAUCGAGGGAUCUAGAUAAGGUUUCUGUCCCUGCGCUUCUUGUUCUUGAGAUUGAGCGUGUUCUUAGGCCCGGUGGAAUUGGGGCUAUGCUUGUUGGUAUUAGUGGAUCAGACCCUACUAGCUUGAUUAGGUCUGCUACCCCAGUUUCUUCACUACUGAAAGCAUCCAGUGUUGUGCAUGUUGAUUAUGUGAAUGAGUUUACAUUGGUUGUAUUCAAGAAGAAACUUGAAAAUACCACUUAUUUUGAGCAGUAUCGUCUUCCUGCGGAUUGCCCAUCUAUAACAGACAACAAAGCUAUAUUGGAUCACAUGGAGCCUCUUGUGGAGGAGAAACCAAUUGGGUUUGAAAAGAGUAUUGCUUAUUUGCCCAAGUUUGUUAAUGUAUCUUCUAAGCAACGUUUGGUCUAUAUUGAUAUUGGGGCAGGUGAGCAUUUGAACUCCAAUGUUACAAGUUGGUUCUUGCCUUCUUAUCCUGUGGAUCACAAAGCCUUCAAUGCUUAUUUCGUUGAUCAUGAUACUUCGGUGAUACUAUCCUAUGUCAAGAAGCCUGGUAUCAACUUUGUUUAUUACCCAGGCCUUGCUGGAAAUAGAGCUACAGCCAGCUCAGGAAAUAAGGCUUCCACAGAUUCUGAUAGUGUUGAUGAUUCAGAUCCAUUUGUUGAAGAUGAAGGGUUUGACUUUCUUCUCUGGUUUAAAGAUACAGUGCAAUAUGCAGACUUUGUGGUUCUGAAGAUGAAUGCAGGGGCGGUGGAGUUAAAACUUCUCUCGGAUUUAUUUGAGAGUGGAAUCAUAUGCUUCAUUGAUGAGCUUUUUCUUCGCUGCUCAGACCAUAUGGACAGUGGAGGAGUGGUGAAGGGAGACUGCAUGGACCUCUUUAAGGCCCUUAGAAGAACUGGUGUUUAUGUCCAUCAAUGGUGGGGAGAUUAGACCGCCAUUGAUAUGGUGGACUCUUGUUUUAGAUACUAUCUUAUUUGAGUCAUGAGUUAUCUAUGUACUGCUCCUGCUUGCAGGUGCUAUCACUGUUGUCUACUUUGUUACCGUUGUUGUAGUCGUCUUCCUCUUCUGGUAUGUUGGGAGGAAACCAAGUUGCUUUUGUGGUUGGGCACUAUGCUAAAUAAGCAACCACUAUGAUCUCUAGUUUGCUAAAUAAAGUUCACAAAUUAUUGUGUGCUUAA